AUGAAAAUUUUAAGCUAACUGAGUAAGUCAUUAAAUAAAUAAUGUACAAUCAGGCAAAAUCAAGACUUUAAAAGUUAUAUUCAAAAUUUCUAGGUCUCUUCUUAUCUUGCAUUUAAUAAAUUAUUUACAGACAAAUACUUAUCGAUUAUAAGGAUUAUUGUUUUAAUUAUUAAAUCCGAGAAAAAGAAGAAUAUUAAUAAAUAAGGUAAACCUCAAGGAUAAUAUAUUUUCAUUUUAUUUCCAUUGAAAAUAAAUCUAUUGUAAUUUCAUUAAAAUAGUUCUUAGUAAAAUCUAUUAGGCUUGUUGAUAUUGAAUUAUCAAUAAAAAUUCCUAACUUCAUUACGUAUAUCCUAGUAUAAAAGGAAAGGAUAAAACCAUUUAAUCACAUUUGAUGACAUGAUUAAUAAAUUAGAACGAAAAGAUUAGAAUUUAGAAUCAACAAAAAAGAGCUCUUUAAUAGAGUUAAGACUUCUCUCUUAUUAUAUUUCUUUAUUUGGCAAUAAUAUAAAAUUAAAUUUUGAAAUUCAUUCAUAAUCGAGAGUAAAUGACUAGAAAACAUCUAUAUUAGUAAUAUAUUAAUUAGAUUGUCUAAAUGAAAAUUUAUACAUAAUUAUUAGAAUGUAGAGUUUGGCAAUUAGAGCUGCGAUGUUAUAAUUAAUGCACAAGAAUGGCAAUUUUUCUGAAUAUUUUUAUAAGAAAUUCGCUUUGCCCUUCUUCCUUCACUUGAACAUAAAUACAUAUGACUUUUAAUAUGUUGCCGAGUUGAUUAAAAAUAUCAAAGGAACUUAAGUGGAAAAUUACAAAUAAUUAUAAUUUGAUCUUAGAUGGAAUAAAAUAUAUCUGAAUGAUUCCCUAUAGUAUAUCGCUUGA